UCGCGGCCCAGACGCCGACACCUCCGCCUCCCCAAGGGCUUGCCCGCCCGCGUCGGCGCCUCCGGGGCAGAGCUCGGGACACCGCAGGGGAGGGGUGCCCAGGCCGGCGGGCCUGCAGCCAUCGGUCCCUCCCGACAUGUCGCGCUCCUUCUAUGUCGACUCGCUCAUCAUCAAGGACUCCUCACGGCCCGCGCCCCCGCUGCCCGAACCGCACCCGGGCCCGGAUUUCUUCAUCCCGCUGGGCAUGCCAUCCCCGUUGGUGAUGUCGGUGUCCGGGCCCGGCUGCCCGUCCCGCAAAAGCGGCGCUUUCUGCGUGUGCCCGCUCUGCGUCACUUCGCACCUGCACUCCUCUCGCGCGCCCGCGGGCGCUGGUGGCGGAGGCUCAGGGGCUGGGGAUGCAGGGGUCGGGGGCAGCGGGGCGACGGGGGGCACCGGGACCUUGCCUCUGCUCAAGAGCCAGUUCUCUUCGGGCCCCGGCGACGCGCAGUUUUGCCCGCGGGUGAGCCACGCGCACCAUCAUCAUCAUCAGCCCCAGCAGCCCGCUUCGGCUGCGGCGGCGGCGGCAGCAGCGGCUGCAGCGGCCGCAGCCUUGGGGCACCCGCAGCACCACGCACCUGUUUGCGCAGCCACCACCUACAACGUGGCAGAUCCGCGGAGGUUCCACUGCCUCACCAUGGGAGGUUCGGACACCAGCCAGGUGUCCAACGGCAAGAGAAUGAGAACAGCGUUCACCAGCACGCAGCUCCUGGAGCUGGAGCGGGAAUUCUCCUCCAACAUGUACCUGUCUCGUCUCCGCAGGAUCGAAAUUGCUACCUACCUGAACCUAUCGGAGAAGCAGGUGAAAAUCUGGUUUCAGAACCGCCGGGUGAAGCACAAAAAGGAGGGGAAGGGUACCCAGAGAAACAGUCACGCGGGCUGCAAAUGCGUCGGUAGCCAAGCGCACUAUGCACGCUCGGAGGAUGAAGACUCCUUGUCACCAGCAUCCCCUAACGAUGACAAGGAGAUUUCCCCCUUAUGAGGGGCCCACCCCCCUCAAACCUUUGAUUCUGGCAGUCCCCACCCCAACCCCACAAUGCCAAAUUGGGGCAUUUAGGGACCAAAAGUCUCUCCAGUCGCCUUCAUCCCCUUUCUCACAAGUGCAGAAGGAGCUGGCCGGGGGUCCUGGGGAAUUCAGGGCGGGGCCUCACUCACCACAUCCUCUUCCUGAGCUUUUUAUUUAGAGCCCCAUUCGGAGUUAUAGAUAGUUUUUUAAAAAAAAUGUAAAUAAUCUAGACUCCAACUGUCUUACGUAACAGAGAAAUAACAGGGUUGUUUUAAGUUUAACACUCUAUGGGGUUUUUGAAAGCGCAUGUCAUGUCUCCACCCAUCUUUCUGAACUUGGUGAGCGCACGGGGGCUUCCUUCAGUUUUUACAUAGUUAUUUUGAAGUGAAACCACUGAAGUUGUGAACAACUUAGAAAAUUAAAUCCUGAGGGUCUUGCAUUCUGAAAAUUCGCCCGGGGAAAAAUUUAAAUCCAAGUCGCUGGAAGUCCCUUCGUAUGUGAAUAGUUUUAUAUAAAAUUUAUAUUUAUAUUUAUUUAAACAAAUAAAAUACAGGAUUUUAAAUUUGUGA